UUAUCAGCUGAUAAUAAUUUAUCGAUGUACUAAUGAAAUCAGUGUGAGUGUGAGCCGACAAAUGAAAUGGCGGAACUAAAUAUAUUUGUUUUUAUUUUGUUGUAUUUAAUAAACAGUGCUGUGGGAAGUGGUAUUUUAUGUGAAAUAGGGUUUUGUCAGAAAUUUGUGAACGACGGCGGCUGUAGCCAGCCAGCAGCUGACUGCAGCAUCAACAACGCGACACACACGGGAAUGUGGUUACCCUCACCUACCCUGUGUAACUGUUGUGAAUACUGCCUACCCUUCUAUGGAAGGGAGCAGCCCUGCAGCUUGGGUGGUACGGGUACAGGAACUAACAUCGGGCGCUGUACUGACGGGUAUACCUGUGAGCGGCAUGAGGAUGGAGGCAGCUACUGCCAGAGGAUGGACACAGAAUGUCAUCGUGCCCAGGACAGCUAUGACCAGCGCUCUGCACUUGGACAAGUUGGUGUUUUAGAGGAACGGCCAUUAUGUGAUGGUAAAGGACAGUAUGCACACAUUUCCUGUACACCUACGCAGACAUGUUUCUGUCAAACUGAACACGGCGAGAGAAUAUUCGGUGAAGCACCGAAUUUGGGGGCAGGAAUGCCUGAGAAGAUGCGGUGUGGCUGCUCUAUGCUUUACCACAAGAUUACCACCACUAUCAGCCCCGGGGUGCCAGAGCCUGUGACCACUCCCAGAUGUACAUCCGACGGGAACUUCCACCCGAUACAGUGCGUGGGUAACACCUGCUAUUGCGUCGACAUCAUCACUGGAAGGUUUCUGGAUGGGGCCGAGAGAAGCGUCAAUCUGACUGAGGAGCCUAUCACGAAGAUGGUAUGCUAUGACCGAGAUCUGGACAAUUAUCCAGAGCAGAGUGAAGGCGAUCCGCCUUACAAGUUCACUACCUCGUGCUAUGAGAACAUUGUAGAAGUUUCCAGUUGGAUUCAGCAAAGUAUUGAAGACGGGUACAAUAUGGAGUACCACAAUAGUUUGCCGGAAUGCUUGCCAGACGGUAGCUCGGGUAGGAUUGCCCUUUUGGGCAAUGGGACAAAAAUUUGCGUCGACGAAAGGGGGCAGCCUAUAAAAGACUAUUCAGCAGCUCCAGGCACCCCUGAAUUUGACAAUAUGGAUUGCAAAUGCGCCCUGACCUCACACAUCAUGACGUCCAACGAGCUACCAGUAUGCUGCCGCAACGGUAACUUCAGGAGAAUACAAUGUCGGCGAGGAGUGUGUUGGUGCGUGGACGCUGAAGGUCGGCAGCAAGGCGGCGAGUCUGAGAGCAUCAUGACCCUGGCCUGCUUCAAUGUGGCUUGGAGAGACUGCUGAUGGAUGUUUUAUGUAGAUAAUAAAUAAAUUGAUUGCUUUUGUA